UGUACUGUCAAUGGAACUGUCCUCCUUCCCUUACCAUCAAAACACCUUAACUCUCCUCCACAACCCUUUCUUCUCACUUCCCUUUUCAGGGAAGAGACUACCAAAGAGGAAACCAUUUGUUUUGCUAUGUGAAGGCACACUGUCAUUUUCUGAUGAUAAUAACUCAAAGCCUGCAAUUCUUUGUUUGCAGCAGGAGGGGAAAAGGGCAUUGCUUGCUUCUCUCCUCAUAGCUGUUGCUGCAAUGUAUGUCUCUGAUGUGGCCGAGGUGGUUAGCACGAGUAGAAGAGCUCUCAGAGGAGCUAAAAUACCUGAGAUUGAAUUCACAACUCUUCCCAAUGGGCUCAAGUACUAUGAUUUGAAGGUCGGCAGUGGACUUAAGGUUGUUAGGGGAUCUCGAGUUGCAGUACCGUUGUGA